AUGUCCUUCUUGAAGAACUUCUUCGGUACAUCCGCUGUCCCAGCGAAAGAUGACCCAGCGAAAGAUGAAAUGAAACCGAUCCGUGCUCUACCCGCUUCCUGGUAUACAUCCCAGGAUAUGUACGAGCUUGAACGCCGAUCUAUCUUCUCCCGCAAAUGGCUCCUUACUACACACAAGCACCGAGUCCCCAACACUGGUGACUGUGUCCGCUACGACGCUGCCGGCUACGAGUUCAUCGUCGCCAAAGACAACAAUGGAGACAUCACUGCGUUCCACGGCAACGAUCUCUUCCCUGCCCAUGUACACAUUGACCGAAAUGGAUUCGUCUGGGUGAAUCUGGACGCCAGUGAGACCCCCGAAGUUGCCUGGAAAGACGACUUCGAGGGCGUCGACGAGCAGCCCCGGUUCGAGCACUACAACUUCGAGGAAUAUAACUUCGACCACACAUGGGAUAUGGAGGGCGACUUCAACUGGAAGAUCCUAGCCGAUAACUACAACGAGUGCUACCACUGUCUAGUCGCUCACCCGGAUAUCCCCACCAUCGCAGACCUCAACUCCUACUAUGUCAAGACAAAGGCCGGCCACAUCCAACACUACGCAACUACCUAUUUCUGGCCUAAUGCUUCUUUCAAUGUCUCUCCCAACUUCUUCUUCAUGCAGCGUUUCACCCCUACCAGCCCGACGCAAUGUAUGAUGCGCUACGAGGUCUACCGUCACAAGGACGCCACCGAUGAAGCCUUCAAUGUCAUCAGCGACAUGUACAAACGAAUCAUGUCCGAGGACAAGUACCUGUGCAUGCACUCGCAGAAGAACCUCAACGCUGGUGUCUUCGUCAACGGCCUGCUUCAUCCCGAGAUGGAACGGGGUCCACUUCAUUUCCAGAAGACCGUGCGCGAGGUCGUCACAGAACACCAUGCCAAAGAAGAGGCGGCGGGUCACCAGAUUUGGCCUGCGGAGCACGAUCUUCCUGCGGACGUUGCUGUCGGCCACGAUCAAGAGAAUGUCGCUCUCCGUUCAGGUGGACACAACUACGAGGUCGAGGUCGACACUUUCAAGGAUUCCAUGGGUUCCGGUCUCUCUACAGUAACGGCAAUUGCUGUGUAG